CAGACAGUAAAGCCCGGGCCUCACUCACUGUCGCUGCCUUCAACGGGGCACCGGCUUAAUGUAAAAGUUUCCGCCAGUUUAUAUCGUAUGAAGUUGAAAUCCGAAUGUGCAACUGAAUCUCUUGGAAUAUUGCUUUUAUUUUUCGAUUCGACUUCGCACGUGCAAACGGGGAAAGGAAACUUUGAACCGAAGCGGUUUUGAGCAAGUGCGGAGGCCAUCGGAGCACGGCGGAGGAUGAGAGGAGACGGAACGGCUCAUCCCGGAAGCGGAAACUGCUCAAGGCUUCCGUGGAUCGAAGGGGAGGCGGCGGCUGGGGGCCGCGAGAUGGCGGUUUCCAUGGAGACACAGCUCCAAAGCAUCUUCGAGGAGGUGGUGAAAACUGAAGUAAUCGAGGAAGCCUUUGCUGGUAUGUUUAUGGACACAGCUGAAGAUGAGAAAACCAAGCUGAUUAGUUGCCUUGGAGCUUUCAGGCAACUCUGGACAAAUCUUCCUCAGGAAUCCCAUGAGCAGUGUGUGCAGUGGAUUGUUCGUUUCAUUCAUGGACAGCACAACCCCAAGAGGAUUUCCUUUCUGUAUGACUGCUUGGCUAUGGCAGUUGAAAGUGGGUUGCUACCACCCAGACUGGUCUGCGAGUCUUUAAUUAACUCUGAAAGUCUGGAAUGGGAAAGAAUGCAACUUUGGGCUCUAACGUUUAAACUCAUUCGAAAAAUAAUAGGUGGCGUUGACUACAAGGGUGUAAGAGACCUGUUGAAAGCAAUUCUAGAGAAGAUUCAAACUAUCCCUAACACAGUCAGUUCUGCUGUUGUACAGCAGCUACAAACAGCUAAAGAUGUUGUGGCAUACAUCUUGGACAGAAAUGCUUGUCUGUUACCAGCAUAUUUUGCAGUUACUGAGAUUAGGAAGCUUUAUCCUGAAGGGAAAUUGUCUCAUUGGUUACUAGGCAAUCUUGCAUCUGAUUUUGUCGACAGCUUUAGACCUACUGCACGAAUAAACUCUAUCUGUGGACGCUGCAGUCUUUUACCAGUAGUGAACAAUUCUGGUGCAAUUUGUAAUUCUUGGAAGCUGGAUCCAACAACGCUUCGCUUUCCUCUGAGAGGACUCUUGCCUUAUGAUAAGGAUCUUUUUGACCCACAGACUGCUCUGUUGAGAUAUGUUUUAGAACAACCUUACUCCAGGGAUAUGGUCUGCAACAUGCUAGGUCUGAACAAACAGACCUUGAACAUUGCUCAGCACAAACAGCGCUGUCCAGUUUUGGAAGAUCAGCUUGUGGAUUUAGUGGUUUAUGCUAUGGAACGCUCUGAAACAGAAGAGAAGUUUGAUGAUGGAGGCACCAGUCAGUUAUUGUGGCAACACCUCUCGAGUCAGCUCAUUUUCUUUGUCUUAUUUCAAUUUGCUAGUUUUCCACACAUGGUGUUAUCACUUCAUCAGAAGCUGGCAGGCCGAGGUCUAAUAAAAGGACGGGACCAUCUGAUGUGGGUUUUGUUGCAAUUCAUCUCUGGGAGUAUCCAAAAGAAUGCAUUAGCUGAUUUCCUCCCAGUAAUGAAGCUGUUUGAUCUGCUGUACCCAGAGAAAGAAUGCAUUCCUGUACCUGACAUAAGCAAACCACAGUCUACUCAUGCAUUUGCCAUGACUUGUAUCUGGAUUCAUCUCAAUAGGAAGGCACAAAAUGAUAACUCCAAACUGCAGAUACCCAUCCCUCAUUCUCUCAAACUUCACCAUGAAUUUUUACAGCAAAGUUUAAGAAACAAGAGUCUACAUAUGAAUGAUUACAAGAUUGCCUUGCUGUGUAAUGCAUAUUCUACUAAUUCUGAAUGUUUUACAUUACCUAUGGGAGUAUUGGUUGAAACAAUAUAUGGGAAUGGAAGCUUGAGGAUAUCCCUUCCUGGAACAAACUGCACAGCUUCAGGAUCUAUUACCCCACUACCAAUGAACUUAUUAGAUUCACUGACAGUUCAUGCCAAAAUGAGCCUCAUUCACAGUAUAGCUACAAGGGUGAUCAAACUAGCCCAUGCCAAAUCAAGCCUAGCAUUGGCCCCUGCUCUGGUAGAAACUUAUAGCCGUCUCCUAGUUUAUAUGGAGAUUGAAUCUCUUGGAAUUAAAGGUUUUAUCAGCCAGCUUUUACCUAAUGUUUUCAAAUCACAUGCUUGGGGAAUCCUACACACAUUGCUGGAGAUGUUCAGCUAUCGCAUGCAUCAUAUCCAGCCUCACUACAGAGUCCAGCUGUUAAGCCAUCUCCAUUCACUGGCAGCCGUACCACAGACUAAUCAGAACCAACUUCACUUGUGUGUUGAAAGCACAGCACUCCGGCUGAUCACCGCUUUGGGGAGUUCAGAGGUCCAGCCCCAAUUUACGCGGUUUCUCAGUGACCCCAAAACAGUUCUUUCUGCUGAAUCUGAGGAACUUAACAGAGCCCUAAUUCUAACUCUAGCUAGAGCAACCCACGUAACUGACUUUUUCACAGGCUCAGAAUCUAUACAAGGGACCUGGUGCAAAGACAUCCUUCAGACAAUCAUGGUUUUCACUCCUCACAAUUGGGCUUCACACACACUCAGCUGUUUUCCAGCUCCAUUACAGGCAAGAUGA